AUGCACUACCUCUUUAGAGGAAGGAGGAUCCGAGCACAGAAGAGAUGGGAAUCUAUAGUUCUUCUUCCUCCUCAGCCUACAUCUCCUUCUCCGAUAGCUACCGUCACCGCCGACGUAAAACCCACAACUACCACCGCCAAAAUUCCGGCUUUUGACAAGAAAAGCCAAAAAUCAGUAUACCUGGAUAGGUUUGCUGCAAUUCCAGCAACGUUGAAGGAGCUACAAAAAAAAAGGUGUAAAGACAACAAGCUUGUUAUAACUGCAGAAAGCAUCACAUAUGUCCUGGAGAUGUUACAUGGGAUUCAGAAUGAAAACAAGAGCUUAAAGAAAUCUUUCAAGGUGUUUGGUUUAUACUGCAGCUUCCUAGCAUUGCUGUUGAACGUGGAAGUGCAAGCAUUGUUUAUCAAAUUGCAGAAAAAUGGAAUUUAUAUUCCAAAGGAGAGGUAUGCUCAAGAAGAAGCUGAGAAAAAGGCGUCUAAAGAUAAGAAGAGCUUGGAUGUCGGUGCCAACAACCUCUUCAUUGGAAACCAAGCCCUUCAUUGGAAACCAAGCCCUUCAUUGGAAACCAAUAUGCAUGCAAGAUUACACAGAAGCUGCCACAGUUGUGUUUCUAUUCUCCGUUGCAGAUGGAAGCUUUUGUAA